CUCGUACUCGGUGCUUCCUCCGUACCCUUCUAGAAGCUUCUCCAGUUCCUCCCACGUGGCAGGCUUGUGUCCUCCGCCGCCGCCGCGCACCUCCAGCCUCCGGCGCCACUCAGCGUGAUCGGAGGGUUUGCACUCGAUGACGAUGAGGCGGGCGGAAGCGGAGGCGGCGAGGUGGCGGAGGCGGUGGAGGUGGGCCGGACGGGAGAGGGGAGAGUCGAGAAGGACGCUGAGGCGGAGGCGGAGUUGGGUGGAGGCAAUCUGCCAGAUGGCAUCGUAUGAUAGGUCGUUGAGGAGUGACGCGGGUGAGGUUGGGUAUAACGGAAGAGUGCAGUCUUUAACGUCGUCUUUGUCGAGUAGAGGGAUUCGUAGUGCUGAGGCUAUGGACUUUGCCAGCGUGCUCUUCCCACUCCCAGGGUGUCCCUUCAUCGCUAUUAUCACCGGAACUUCUAAUUUUUCCAUACACCCCCACCACUUCCUUCCUAUCUAUAUUUAUUUCUAAAAAAUAGAUAUAACAACACGAAUUAAUCAACUUUUAUUAACAAAGUUUAAAUGUAAUUUGAAUUUAUAAAAAGAAUGUCUAAAAUAGAUAAAAAUUUAUUUUUUAAGAUUUAAAUUAUGCUAAACUUAAUCAGAUGGAGUUAAAAAUGUUGAGAUUUAAUUUGGGUUGAAAAUUCAGUCUUAACAUUUUAUGAUAAACCCAUUAUGAAUAAGAAUAACCCUACUCAAUAGCUAUUUUCCUCACCAUAAUGCAUAAUUUUCUCGUUUCAAGGUUAGGUGCUUCCUUCGCAUUCCCAAUCUCACACCGAUUCCAAAUCCUUUUCUUCACCUCAUUGCCUACCUUUUUCAAAUCAAAGAAAAACCCACCCAAAGAUGACAACUUUACGGUCUCUUACCUCGUCACCUCAUGUGGGUUGUCGCCCGAUACCGCCGCGCGUCUGUCCAGAAACCUCAGACUCAAAAAUUCGUACAAACCAAAUGCGGUCCUCAACCUUCUAAAAAACCACGGAUUCUCCAAAACCCAGAUUGCCACAUACGUCCAGCAACAUCCCAGGGUGCUUCUCAACAAGGCCCAGAAGACCCUUUUGCCUAAGCUCAAGUUCAUCCACUCCAUUGGGGUUCCAAUCUCUGAAAUCCCACGCGUCAUUGCUCGUAACCAUAAACUCUUAAUAAGGAGCUUGUACAACUGGCUCGUCCCUCAUUAUAAGGUCCUUAGAAGUGUUCUUCGCAGUGAUGAGGAAGUUGUUAGGGCUUUAAGGCACGGUGCACUUUCAUUUCAAUAUGGUUACCUUACUGUGAAAAAUUUGGCCUCUAACGUUAGUGUUUUGAGAGACUCUGGCGUGCCUCAAGCUUGCAUCUCUUACUUGGUGAUGUAUCACCCAACUUCAGCAUUUAGGAAACAUUCAGAGUUUGUGGAAGGUGUUCAGUUAGCUAAGAAGAUGGGGCUUGAUCCUUUGAAAAUAUCUUAUGUCAGUGCUAUCCAUGUGCUUAUCCAUGUGGAUGGAGCACGGUGGGAAGCCAGAUUAGCUGCUUAUGCGAAGUGCGGUUGGUCUCAUGAAAUCUCUCUUAUGGUGUUUAGAAAGUCUCCAGUUCUAAUGUCGUUUACAGAGGAGAGGAUUGUGAAAUCAAUGAAUUUCCUUGUUAGGGAUAUGGGUUGGGCACUAGAAGAUAUUGCUAGAUCCCCUCAGGUUCUAGCCUACAGCUUGGAGAAGAGAAUUAUACCCAGAUGUACGGUAAUUAAUGUAUUGAAAUCAAAAGGUUUGCUCAAGAAUCGUUUAAGUUUAGGUACCUUUUUGUGCAUAAGGGAGGAUAUUUUUGUGAAGAAGUUUGUGACCAAAUUUCUGGAGGAUGUGCCUCUAUUGCUGGAUGUAUAUCAAGGUUCUAUUGAUCAUCGAGAUGUAUUAUAGUCUUUGAAGGUUCUUUUGGUCUAUGCUUCUAACUUCCAAUCUGCUAUGGUUGCUGACUUGUAGGGCAUUUCAUUGGUAAACUGAACUUGUAGUUUUUAUGCUUUCGUUUUUUGUGGAAAGAUUUGAUUUGUACUUCUCGGGUGGAGAAGGACUUUUUCUAUUGAUUUAUGGCAUACUAGUGCCAUAAUCACUGAAAGGAGACUUACAUGUGGUUUUCAGUUUUAUUGUAUUGUUCAUUUUGAUAGUACAAAACACGCUGAAAGGAGAGUGCCUUUGUUUUGUAAGAAAUGGGUAAGACUGAUAACUUUGGCCUUGCUCUCUGCGUUUUUUUAUUUUGUUUAAAGUUUAAAUUUUAAGUAUCUUGUUUAUCAAGAGAAACAUUUGUUCGAACAUGUUUUGGAUAAUAUACAUGCUA